AUGAAAUACGUCCGUGUGUUGUGCGAGCGGUCGCCGUGCGCUAGAUUUUCCACCUCUACCUAUUGUCGACUGUGGAAGAAGAAGCCCGAGGAAGAGUUCGAUCUUGCUCCAGCGCAAGAACUCCAUCCGGUUAAAGAAUCGAAACCUGUGGAGAAAAAGUCUGGUAUUUCAGAUUAUCACCGGUGCCUGGCCCUGGGGUUGAAUCCGGUGGAAGCCGGGAUUCCUUUACCGUAUAAACGAAACGCCGCCGCGCAUAGGAGACGCCUGUUCGGGGAAUUCGGAUUAUCGUCGGGUGUUCAACCUGGAGAAGUUUAUCUUCCGCGGGAGUCCCUCAAACGUCACAAGAUGUUGGAAGAAUUAGCGAAUCCCAAGUUGAUCUCGGAAAUGAUGGACGAAAUAAAGAGCCGUGAAAAGGAGAAGAUGAAGCAGAUCAUGGCUCGAGAAGCCGAAGUUGAGCGUAAGCUUUCCCAGUCAGUUACCCUGCGAACCCAGUUGGAGGAGAAGAUCAAGCGGAAAGAAGCAGAAAUUCAAGCUCAAAAGGAAAAGAAAGAGCGGAUGAUGGCCGAGAUUCGAGAGCAUUUCGGAUACACCGUGGACCCGAAAACGGAGAAAUUCCAGACCAUGCUGGCGGAAAAAGAAGCUCUCGAAAAGAAGAAAGAGAAAGAAGCGAAGAAGAAGGAAAAAGAGGCCAGGAAAAUAGCUAAAUUGCUGACGCGAACAGUUGAUAGUGCGUCAUCCAGUGCGAAAACCCCUGAAACGUCGCAAGAAACUUUUGCCCAGCGAAAGCCUAGAGGAUUGAGGACCGCCCGUAAGCAUGUGGACCAUCGCCGAGUACAGGUUUGGGCGGACAAGGACUACAAAAAAGCUAACUUGGGCACCCGAUGGAAGGCUAAUCCGUUCCAAGGCGCUUCUCACGCCAAGGGGAUCGUUCUUGAGAAAGUAGGUGUGGAAGCUAAGCAGCCCAACUCUGCCAUCCGUAAGUGCGUCAGAGUGCAGUUGCGAAAGAAUGGCAAGAAAAUCACCGCCUUCGUCCCGAGAGACGGUUGUCUCAAUUACAUUGAAGAGAACGAUGAAGUUUUGAUCGCCGGAUUCGGUCGAAAGGGUCACGCCGUCGGUGAUAUUCCCGGCGUUCGAUUCAAGGUAGUGAAGGUGGCAAACGUUUCGCUCCUGGCUUUGUACAAGGAAAAGAAGGAGCGACCGCGGUCAUAA